AGUAAAGAAUUUUAAAUUCCAUCAUCAUAGUUUCAAGAGUGAGACACACCCCCACACCCACACCCCCUCACCCCACCCCACCCCAAACCAAGCCUUUUAUCUAUAUAUUUGAGUACCAUUAAUUCCCUAUUUACUACACAAAAAAGGUUAACAGCAGAGAGGAAGAGUAAAAGUGCAAUGAAGGAUAAAGAAGUUAAAACAAGAAUGAAGAGAGGAUUUUGGAAACCUGAGGAGGACUUGAUAUUGAAGAAUUGUGUGGAGACUCAUGGAGAGGGAAACUGGGCUACCAUUUCUGAGAAGUCAGGAUUAUUGAGGAGUGGUAAGAGCUGCAGACUAAGGUGGAAAAAUUACCUGAGGCCAAACAUCAAGCGAGGAAUGAUGUCAGAAGAUGAAAAAGACCUCAUCAUCAGACUUCAUAAGCUUCUUGGCAACCGAUGGUCGCUAAUUGCUGGUAGGCUACCUGGAAGAACAGACAAUGAAGUUAAGAACUUCUGGAACACACAUUUGUACAACAAGAGAUCCUGUAAAGGCAAAAAGAAGCAUGUGAAGUCCAAGGAGGCAAAUACUCACAGCCCACAAGGCAAAACACAAGAGUGCCCUGCUGAUACAGUAAGCAACCAAGAAGUGGCCACCAAAACAGUUUUAGAUUCAUGGAUAGAAGAAAUGCAGGACUUUAACUGCAGCUUACUAUCACCUGUGAUGAAUAGCAUGCCAUUUCUCGAAGACGAGCCGUUUAUUCCCAUAUUGGACGACAUAGUCUUGCUUGAAGCAUUCACAAGCUCUGGCAAAGAAGCAUGGAGUGAGAUUCAGCCAUUUCUUUAGAAAUUUGUGGUAGUAUUACUCUGCUGCAUCCUUCACAUAAGAGCACAAUUUCCACUACUACCAUAACAAGUUAACAACUCCCAUGCUAGAGGUUUCGGUUCUGAUCUUGUGCUUCAUCUGCUUGGAAAUGUGCAUGAGCUUAUUUGCGAAACCAAUUUAUGCAUGUACCAAGAGGUCAGAAAUGACGACAGAUCUACCUUUUUCUAAGUAUCGGCUUCCUCCACUACUGCCAACUCCAACUAAGCUAGCUCUCUGGUUUUCAAUUUUUAUUCGCAAUGGUGUAGAAAUAAAACUUUGAAAAUUUCAAUGUAAGGGCAUAAAAAUGGUGAAAAAAGAUGGUGACUUCCAGCAAAAAUAAAUUCUGAUUAUCAGAAUCCA